UUCAAACAUCUCCGGGUCCGGUCUACGGUCUCAAAUAUCGUCCAACCUCCUUCGACUCUCAUCUCCAAUUCUUAAAACCCUCCCAAAAUUCCAAUCUAGGGCUUCUAAGUUUCAAAAAUGUUACUAAAAUUAAUCUCAAUUGCGUUCCUUUUGAUGUCAAUUUCUUCGAUUACAGUAGAAUCAAGAUGCAGCGGAGGCUGCGAUCUGGCCUUAGCAUCGUACUACGUUUGGAACGGAACAAACCUGACCUUCAUAUCCGAGGUUCUUGAUUCAACCCUUUCACCUUCCUCGACAAUUAAUUUCGAUAAAAUCCUUAUUUACAACAAACAAGUUCCGAGCAAAGACAGCAUCGAUGCUUUUAGUAGACUCAACGUACCUUUCCCUUGCAAUACGUGCAUCGGAGACGAAUUCCUCGGCCACUUCUUCGACUUCAAAGUUAGGCGAGGCGACACUUACACAAAAAUCGCCACCGAAUAUUAUUCGAAUUUGACGACGGUUGAGUUGUUGCAGCAGUUUAAUACCCAUCCGGCGACGAAUAUACCGGAUAAUGCGACGAUUAGUGUGCCGGUUAAUUGUUCGUGUGGGGAUGCUACUAUUUCGAAGGAUUACGGGUUGUUUAUUACUUACCCGCUUCGACCCGAGGAUAAUAUGAGUACUGUGUUGACUCAGACGAAUCUGUCAUCGAAUUUUUCGGGGUUGGUGCAGAGAUACAACCCCGGGGCAAAUUUCAGUGCAGGAACAGGCUUGGUGUAUAUUCCGGGCAGAGAUGCUAAUGAUAGUUUUCCACCCUUCAAAUCAAGCACAGGAGGAAUUUCAGGUGGAGUUAUCGCUGGGAUAUCUAUGGCAGCCAUAGCUGUAUUGCUGUUGCUGGCAGUUGGUCUAUAUGUUGGAUUUUUCCGAAAGACGAAGGUAAAGGAAUCAACAUUGCUUUCGACAGACUCCCAAGAUUUAUCAGCUCAAGGUGGGAAAGUUUUUGGAAGUAAAGCAGCAGAAUCAGCUGGGGCAGUUGCUGCUUCUCCAGGCCUCACUGGCGUUACUGUAGACAAAUCAGUUGAGUUCUCAUAUGAAGAACUUGCCCAGGCGACUGAUAAUUUCAGUAUGGCGAACAAGAUUGGUCAAGGUGGCUUCGGAGCUGUUUACUACGCAAAUCUGAGAGGCGAGGAAGCUGCAAUCAAGAAGAUGGAUACGCAGGCAUCCAAAGAAUUUCUGGCUGAAUUAAAGGUUUUGACACAUGUUCAUCACCUGAACCUGGUGCGUUUAAUCGGUUAUUGUGUUGAAGAAUCUCUUUUCCUAGUAUACGAAUACAUUGAGAAUGGCAAUCUAAGUCAGCAUUUGCGAGGCUCAAGCAGGGAACCACUUCCUUGGUCUACUCGACUGCAAAUUGCCCUCGACUCAGCCAGAGGUCUUGAAUAUAUCCAUGAGCAUACUGUCCCCGUUUACAUUCACCGUGACAUUAAAUCAGCUAAUAUAUUGAUAGACAAAAACUUCCGUGCAAAGGUUGCUGAUUUUGGAUUAACAAAACUGACUGAAGUCGAAAGUGCAUUGCUACACACACGUCUUGUUGGAACAUUUGGAUACAUGCCUCCAGAAUAUGCUCAAUAUGGUGAAGUUUCUCCUAAAGUAGAUGUAUAUGCCUUUGGGGUUGUGCUUUAUGAGCUUAUUUCUGCUAAAGAAGCUAUUGUCAAGGCAAAUGGCUCUGUUGCUGAAUCGAUGGGUCUUGUUGCUCUGUUCGAGGAUGCCCUUAAUGACCAUGAUCCUAAAGAAGAGCUUUGUAAACUUGUUGAUUCGAGGCUUGGAGAUAAUUACCCGCUAGACUCUGUGUUUAUGGUGGCUCAGCUUGCCAAAGUGUGUACACAUGAAAAUCCUCAGCUACGACCAAGUAUGAGGUCUAUAGUGGUUGCCCUGUCGACUCUUUCAUCCACAACAGAGGAUUGGAAUGUUGGUUCUUUAUAUGAAAAUCAAGAUCUUGUCAACCUUAUGUCAGGACGGUAAAGAGUCUUUUCCAGAAAAUUGUUCAUGUGGUCACUGAGAUCACUUUUUUACAGGUCACUUCAAACUAAUUACCACAAUUAAUCGAUCAAAAUUUAGAGUUACGCAUGAUAUAUCAUCAUAUUAGCUAAAAAUUACAUUUAUAAACGAUGAAUUUUUAUAUAAUUUUUUAUUAUAAUUGAAC